AUGGCGCAUCGCUACUCUUUGGACGCAUUUGAUCGGAUGAUGAGGGAUAUCACUGAGAUAGUUGAACCAUUUGGUGGAAAAAUUAUAAUCAUGGGAGAUGAUUUCCUCCAGGUACUACCAGUGAAUCCAAGGAGUACAAGGGGACAAACAGUUGAUGCAUGUCUUAGCAGAAGAAUAUGCCAUGCAGCCGAGGAUGCAUAUUAUUCUGAGUUUUUGAUGCGUGUUGGUGACGGGGAUGAAUCGUGCGUUGCUAAUGACAUGAUAAAGGUUCCGGAAGAUAUGGUCAUACCAUGGGUUAGUGAUUCUUCUUUGUCUCGGCUUAUAGAUGUAACAUUUCCAAACUUGGUGGAAAAUUCCAGAGAUAAAGACUACAUGGUCAAUAGGGCAUUGAUCAUACUAUUGAACGAGUACGUCGAGAAGCUUAAUGACCGAGUACUUAGCAUCUUUCCUGAAAAAGAGGUUCUAUUGUACUCAUUUGAUUCUGUAGACGACGAUACUCACGGUCUUUUACCAACAAGAAUACCUGAACAACAUUGCUCCUGA